GGCCAACAUACAAAAUAUGAAUUCCUGAGUUGACUACAGAAAUUGAGCGGUCAUGUGGACUAGGUGGUCAAAAAUGGAGUUCUACAAUAACUUACCAGAAACAUUCGUUCUUCUUCACCCUGCAAAUCCCAUAUGAGCAAAUUGAUGCAGCAAUCUGCGUCCACGACUAGCUGUAAAUUACAAUGGACGAUCAUCCUCCACUAAAGCUCCUUGUGUUUCAAUACGCCACUUCCCUUUUGUUUUUGCUCUUCCACCUCUGCCUCGCAGCCGACAGAGUCACUCCCGACCAACCGCUCCUCAGCAACCAAACCAUCGUCUCCGCCGGCGGCGUCUUCGAACUGGGUUUCUUCUCUCCGGGCAACUCCACCAACUCCUACUUAGGGAUUUGGUACAGCAAAAUCCCCUUGCAAACUGUAGUCUGGGUCGCAAACAGAAACACUCCCAUCCCCGACCGAUCUUCAUCGGCGCUAACCAUCUCCAACGGCACCCUGCUUCUCUUCAGAGAAUCCGGUGUCCCAAUUUGGGCAGCGAGUGUUAGCAGUAUAUCGUCGGAAUCGCCACCAGCUCUUGAAGCUGUACUCCACGAUAACGGCAACUUCGUGUUAAUUGAUUCUUCUUCUUCGCCGCCGCCGCUUUGGCAAAGCUUCGACUAUCCAACGGACACGCUUCUUCCGGGGGCCAAGCUCGGGAGGAACAAGCUCACCAACGAAUUCACGAGCCUGACGUCAUGGAACAACGCUUCAGAUCCAGCUCCUGGCGCCUAUUCUUUGCAAUUGGACCCCAAAGGUACUAUUCAGUUCGUAACUCUCUACAAAAACCUAACCUCAGCCACCACGAUUCCAGGGGCAGAAUUGAUGAACAACAAUUCCUAUACGGAGAACGACAGGGAGCUGUAUUUCACCUUCAACGGUUCAUCAUCAUCAGGCGGCGCCAAAUCUCGCAUCCUCUUGGACAGUAAGGGAAUUGUACAGGGAUUUUCCUGGGUUGAUUCUACCAGCAAAUGGUCCUUAAUUUGGCAGGAGCCGCGGGACCAAUGCCGAGUAUUCGCCUUUUGCGGCGCAUUCGGGAGCUGCGACAUUGCUUCCUCGCCGCCCUGUAGUUGUUUGACAGGGUUCGUACCGAAAUCGCCACAAGCAUGGAGCCUGCGAGAUUAUUCUGAUGGAUGUGUGAGGAAAUUUCCUCUGGGUUGUGAGACUUCUGAAGGUGAUAAGAAAAAUGACCGGUUUGUUGAAGGGUAUGAAUUGCCUGAUAAAGGCGGCCAGUUGUCUGUUGGGGGUUCCAGUUAUUCAGUUGGUAGUGCUCAGCAGUGUGAAUCCAUUUGCUCAUAUAGCUGCUCUUGUACUGCUUAUGCUUAUCAGGCAAAUGUUUGUUCGAUUUGGUCAGGGGAGCUUUUUAAUCUUCUGAAGCUGCAGAACGAUCGCUACAGCCAGCCUGUGUACACAAGGCUUGCUGCUCUUGAGAAUGAGACUCUUGGUUCCAGAAGCAAUCUGAAGAGAAAAUUACUUAUUGGAUUUGGUGCUGCUGUGGGAAGCAUUGCUAUUCUCGUUAUCGUCGUGGCUUUGGUUUCUAUUACUAGAAGAAACAGAAGAAAGCGGAAAGCUGCCAAGAAUUACAUGGCUGAGAUUGAGAAGAACAAGUAUGGAAUAGGGGGAGGGGAUGGGCAGAAUAAUGACACACAGCUCAGCUUUUCCAGUCUCAAGGAUGUAUUGGUUGCUACUGAUAACUUCUCAGAAGCUAACAAGUUAGGAGAAGGUGGAUUUGGUCCUGUCUACAAGGGGAAGUUGAGUGGUGAUCAAGAGGUAGCAAUGAAGAGGCUUUCCAAGAAAUCAGGACAAGGUUUAGAGGAGUUCAUGAAUGAGUUGAGGCUCAUUGCCAAAUUGCAGCAUACCUAUCUGGUUAGGCUCCUGGGCUGCUGUGUUGAAAGAGAUGAGAAGAUAUUGAUUUACGAGUACAUGCCCAAUAGGAGCUUGGACAAGUUCCUCUUUGGUUCAUCUGAAAAGGCAACGCUGGAUUGGGCAGUACGCGUAAAGAUUGCAGAGGGUGUAGCUCAAGGACUACUAUACAUCCAUAAGUAUUCAAGGUUGAAGGUCAUUCACAGAGAUCUGAAGGCAAGCAAUGUUCUGCUGGAUGCAGCAAUGAAUCCCAAGAUUUCAGACUUUGGAAUGGCAAGGAUUUUCGGUAUUGAUCAGGCUGAAGCAAACACCAACCGUAUAGUUGGAACAUAUGGUUAUAUGUCUCCGGAAUAUGCAUUCUAUGGCCAAUUCUCUGAGAAAUCAGACGUGUUCAGCUACGGGGUGUUGCUGUUGGAGAUAGUGAGCGGAAGGAGGAACACAGACUUCUAUGAUCCUGAAAUCCCAUUCUCACUUGUCUGUUGGAAGGCAUGGGAGCUAUGGAAAGAAGGGAAACCAGAAGGGCUGAUUGAUCCGGCAGUGAAGGAUACCUGUGUUAAUCAUGUAGAAGCCGUGAAGUUCAUCCAUGUGGGUCUUUUGUGCGUGCAAGAAGUUCCAGGUGACAGGCCAACCAUGUCUUCAGUAGCUCAGAUGUUGUCGAGCAGCGAUUCUCAGUCGUUUCCAUUGCCAGGAGAACCGGCCUUCAACACUAGAAGAGCUGUUGCUGUUGUCGAAAGUGGCGAUCAAGUUCGCGUCAAUUGUUCAAACAACCAGUUGACGAUGAGCUUGCCAAUUGGGAGAUAGAAAGCCAGGCACUAAAAGCAUCUGCUAUUUGCAGUGCGAUCAGUAACCUUCAUUGUUGUAGCAGCAGGCCCAUUAGUGCCUAUAUAGUUAUGUAUUACUCUCUGUAAAUCUUAGAUAUAAGAAAGGAUUUGUAGUAGAAGUUGAAUAUCACCACGAAUGGGCAUUCCCCAUAAUCUUCAGAUAAACUCUGGAAGUCACCUCAUCAC